AUGUCCGUCCUACCUGAGCAACUUGCCAGGCUCUUCUCUUUGCCCGUAGGUCGAGAGAGGCUCCAAAAUAAAAUCGCCUCGUCUCCUGUGGAGAUUCUCAACAAUCGCAAACUGGCAAAUGCUUUUAUCACGCGGCUGUUGAUAGACUGCUUCUUUUCUUGCACCGGCACCUUGUUCUACAUUUUUUCUCCCAAGGAUGCGGCAGAGCUGUUCCAAUCAGCCUAUAUGGACACUGAUGGUGCUACAAAGGCCUCACUGGGUGCCCUGUGUGCAAUGGCAUCUGUGGCUAGUCAAUAUGACGACUUCGAAAUUGACGGCUCGCUACGACAGUCGUACUAUGAAACAGCGAAAUUCUAUCUCGACGAGUGUAUCGAGGAGGACGAAGUGCUUGGCAUGCGCGUGCUCUGCUGCUUGGCCAUAUACUGUGCUAUGGACAAACGGCUGACUGCGUGGACGUGGACCCUAACCGGCUUAAAACUUGCCAGGCUUCGAGGACUCCACCUCGACAGACGCCCUCUGUCCACAUCUCCCGAAGAAUGGAUCGCGCAAAGAAAAGUCUUGAGGACUUUGAUUGUCCUAGGCAGCUGGGUCGCGUCGACCCUCGGUACAAAUCCCCAGAUUAUGGAGGCAUUUCAACCAGGGCUCCACGAGCCCUUUGCGGUUCUCGAGGGCCAUCCGCCCUUUGAAUCGAUUGCACAAGCGCAAAUGACCUCGAUUUGCAUCCUCACGUCGGGCGUACUUCGAGACGUCUUCUUACCAACAGAACUCAGUCUCGUUGCGACUCGAGAAUACAAAAUAAAGAUAGUCGACUGGCUAAGCAAGCUCCCUCCAAUCAUGCAGCUAGAAUCGUUGAUGCAAGAUCAGGACUUGACGCUUGUGCAAAGACGGUGUACUUUCCACGUUCACCUCAACUACCUGGGAGCGCUACUCCUUCUCUACCGUCGCCAUUCUCUUUACCUUUCCACUGUGCAUCGGGAUGAUUCAUGGGAGCUAGACGGGGACGUCGCCGAAGCAUUGGACUAUGCCAAAGACGCACUGGACGCCGCUACUCAAUCGUCUCGGAUCUUCGCGCUUCUUCUGUCUGAGCAUGCGACCUUCAAGCGCUCCUGGCUGCUAAUCUACCAGUCUUUUAGCGCCUGCACCAUGUUGCUCUUCCACGUUGCUCAGAAGCGGCUCCACGGAGUCUCUCCCGCCCAGUGUGAAGAAGAGCUCUCCAGUGCGGAAACGUGCCUCAACACUCUGGAGUAUUGCUCGGAAGGCGAUAUCGUUGCCAAAGGCUACUAUGACAUGUUGAUCUUUUAUUACCAUGCUUUGAAAAUUACACCAGAGGAUGAGCCUGCCGGAACCGCCCACGAUUCCGCAAUGCAAGAGGGCUUGGGGCUGUCGUCGAUGGACGGCCCUGCCCGUCUCGAAAGAAAGACGACACCAGAUGAGAUUGCAGAGGGUGUUUCCAAUCUUUCCAGUCACGCCUUCCGGCACGGCUGGCGUGAUGGAAUGGUGCCUCCUCCUCCUCCUCCUCAGAUCUCGGACUCCGUACGUCGGGGGUUUCCAGAAUUCACUGCAGGACCCCAUCUUGGGCUUUCUCGCGACACUGCCAUUUACCGGGACGCGCCCGUCGUUGGAGGCCCGUUUCAAUGGUCGGCCAACUCUAUCCCGCAAUCUUAG